AUGAAGGGCACCUCCAACAAACAGGACCCCAAGGCUCGACAAGAGUGUCACCAGAAAGGCUGGCCGAGGCAGCAGGCCACUGCAGAACCAGAGACGGCGGCGCCGCUGCGGCCCCCGGCGCCGCCCCCCCCCCGCCCCCCCCGCGGCGCUCGAUCCCAGCAGCCGACUGACAGGCGCUCGCUCCUUCCAACCGGCGGUGCUGCCCGGCCGGGCCUCCUGCACGGCUGUUUCAGGGUCUUCUCUGCCUUCCAGGGGGACGGCUCGCCUUCCCUGUGGGCCCGGCCAGGCCCUCGCUCCCGUGUAAUCAGCGCGGAGCGCGGAUGCAACAGCUGUCCCUCCCCCCAGAGGGCGGGGGAGGCUCUGCUCCGGGUGGCCCAGGGCCAGACCCCAGUGCAGCCCCCAGGCCGGAGGGGCUGCGUCCAGGACGGAGGCCGAGCUGGGUCCGGCUGCGGGCGUGGCCUGAGGCCGGGGCGCGGAGUGGUCUGCCCUGUGGACUCGCCACUGGUGCAGUGGGGGGCGUGCCCCACCCAGGAGCCCCCGUGCCGGCCCCCAGACCCAGCGCAGAGACGGGGGCGGGGCUUACAGGCGUGCCCUCGGGGGAGGGGAGAGCCUGGGCCCACAGCGGCAGCGGCCUGCAAAGUGGAGCUGGUGUUCGGUGGGGGGCGGGGCGCAGCGGGGGCCGGAGCACGGAGCCCAGGCGCCCAGGGCCCCGCAGACCCGCCCGAGAACGGGGUCACGGCGGGGGUGGGGGAGAGGGCGGAGAAGGACCCUGCGACCCAGCGGAGCAGACAGACGGGGGCUCAGCCAGGGCACCCACAGCUGCCCCGGGCUGGGCAGCUCCUCCGCUCCCACGGCUCACCCACGGGGGCCCAGCCGGGGCCAGGGCCGCUCCCCGAAGCUGGCCUCCGGCCUGACCACGGGGGUCCUGAGGUGGGCCCAGGCCCCCCAGGCCCAGGGCCAGGGUCUGGCCUCCGCCCUCCCCGCCGGGGCCGUGUGAGAAGGGGACGCGGGCUGUGGGCCGGGCAGCGGCAGCGGUCAGUGCGCUCCGGCUGUGCGCUGGAGGGAGGCGGGCGGGAGGGUCCGGGUCCCUCCCGCUUCCUCGCCCCAUCUGCCCGCACGCCCAGCCUGGCCCUCUGCCCGCCCACUGUCAGCGCCCGCCCGCCCGUCCGUCCGUCCGUCCGCCCGUCCGCCCGUCCGUCCGAGGGGCUCCACCGGGUCUGUCAGCGGGCAGCCCUCCUCGUUCCGUCCGGAAAUGCCCCCACCUUCCUCCCCGAGAACAGUUUUCCUGCUCGCAGCGCGGCUUCCUUCCGGGACACGACGGACACUUUCCGGCCUCCGGCCUCUUCGCUGACCCCGCGGGCGAGCCCCUGCCCGGAGCCCCGCCCCCGCGCGCGGCCUGGGGGCUCUCUGGGGCCGCUCGCGCCUUCCCCCCGCCUGGGGCUUCCUUCCGGGCGGCCGCGACGCGCUUCGGCCCGGGUUCCCCGCGUUCACGGCGACGCGGGCCCUUGCGACCUGUCGGCCGACGCCUUCCACCGAGUCCAGGCAACUUCGUCCCCGCUGUCCUCUAAAGACCGCCGCGGAUUUUACACUCCCGCUCGGCCGCCCCCUCUGACCCGCCCGGGACUGCAGGGGCCCCCAGGCCAGGCUUCCCAGCGCGUCCUCGAGUCUGCAGAGCGCCCCCCCGCCGCCCCUGCAGGGUUUCCCGUUCCUCCUCCUCCUCUCCCCUCUCCGGCUCGGUGA